UUUGCCGCUCAACACAUUGGUGUCAUAAAGCGUGUGAUUUGGCCGGGGCUGUCUGAGCACUUCACGACGGGACAUUAUUCAGAGGUUGCCGAAGCAAAGGCAACAAGUGGUGACCCGACGUGAUACGUGUCGUGUCCCAGUUGUGAAUGUGCGACAGCUGGUUGCGAGACGGACGCAGGAACCCGCAGCGGUAAGGUGGCGGAAGAGCCGGAGGGACUGAUCCCCCUGGGGCUGUGAGCACGGCCGUGAAGUUAUCCCACAGCGGAAGACUUGUGGAAGGUGGAGGGCUGAUCACCCUGGACAACCAUGGCAUCCGUCAUUAAGGCAUGGCUGUUUGGAACUCAUCAAGAAAAAACACAAAGCCCACGACCGAGGCCCAACUCAGGAAAGGAGACAGACAAAGAGCCACUGCUGGCAUCGACGAGAUCAAUCUCUCCUGUGCUGUUAUCUGUGUGUUUUCUACUAUCUAUAACUCUUUCUCCUGGGAAGGGCGUAAGAGACAGUGAUUUAUGGUAUGGUCGUGAAGGGUAUACUGGAAUUAUGGGACCAACUAAUAAUAUAACCUUGCUGACAGUAGUGCUACAUGAUAAUGGACCAUACGACAGAAGUGAAUGGGGAUGGGAUAAUGUUACCCGAACUCCUCGAAUUUGGGGGGAACCUGGGCAAAGUAUAGAAGUAAAAUGCUGGAUGGUAAACGUAUCCCGGCAUGAGAAAGCCACUCAAAUUUCAAAAAUGGACAUUACAUCAGGAAUGAAGGAUCGUAAAUCUUGUGUUACCGAAGAAGGAGAUUGUCGAUACAAUUUCACCCUAACCCAACCUGCAAUGAUAACUUGCCUUUGGGCACGAGACACUUUAGAACGAUCUUUUAAGUUUAAAGUGGAUUUCUUUAAUCAACGCACAACUGCUGUUCCACAUGUAAUGUAUGUCACCACUAGGAGAGUGGAGAGCACUCUCUCCCCACAAAUUUACCAAAUUGGGCCAUACGCUAUUAAGAAUACAGGUCAGCAGCAGGUGAUGUUUAAUCCGAUGUGGUCUCUCAAGCGAGUAAUGUUAUUAUUGCAAACUAAUGUUUCAGUUAUUAAACCAGCUUGUGCAUCAUUCUUAGGCACAUCAUAUGCAGGAUGGUCAGCAUGGCUGCACCGACGGACAUUUGAUACAACCAAAAACACGUAGAGAUGUUUCUGGUAUUCUGGGAACAGGUUUAGGGGUUUUGAACGGUAUAGACGCUGAAAUGCUAAUGAAUAAGUUGAGUACUAUUGCGAGUAAUCUAUACGCACUGCAACACCCUCUGCAAUCUUCCCUGUCUGCUUUGGGGACAAGCCAGUGGCUUUUGUCAGAUGUAUUAUCACAAUGGGGAAGGACAGACAGGGAAGACCACCAGCUGAUUGUUGAUGCUCUUUCAGCAGCUCAAGGUAAUACAUCUUUAGCCCUCAGCUGCAUCCAGGCCCAAAUAUGGAUGCAAUCCAUGGCAGCAACAAUCGUGAGAGAAGGUGAAGAUGGCACUAUGCCCACUGAAAUUAGGAAAAUGGUUUGGGAUAAUGCAAAUAAGUUUGAAAGAAUGUUUCAAUCUUGGUGGCAUUUAGUCAACUUCACUUACGACCCUGUUACUAAUUAUGUUGUAGCUUUUGUCUUGACAAUAAGUAAUGCUUCUGUAUAUACGGUACAUCCAAUCAUAGCACUAGGCUUGAAUCAUAAUGGGAUCAUAUUGUAUCCGACAGAGCAUCGGGUAUGGGCACUUCGAAAGGAAGGGAAAUGGCAGACUGCGGAUGUUAGCUCGUGUGCUGUACGGGAACAGCAAGGAUUUGUUUGUGAAAGUAAUACCCUUGAGACUCAAGAUAUCUGUCUUGACACCGAGCAAAAUAUCUGCCACUUUGAGGUCCAGCCUGGUAUAAAGCCCAGAACAAUGCUUGUAUAUAUUGGAAAGGGAUGUGCUUGCAUGAGAACCCAUUGUGAUUCCAUACAAAUAGGGGAUAUGGCUGUAGAUACCAGCAAUCAUUCAAAUCUUUAUGUUUGUAACUUUAUUAGUGUUUUAGGAUGUGAUUUUAACUAUACAGCUCCUGUUACAUCGUACCAGCUACUACAGUCUAACUACACGUUGAUCCAAUACUUAGAGCCCGCACUGAUUGGAAUGAAUCUCGCUUUGGUGAGGAAGCUUCUGCAACAUGAUGACCUGCACCGACUGCUAAAUCGCAUCAGAGAUAAUGGACAGAAAACUUUGAUCACUGUUCUCCAUGAUAUGGAAGAGAUACAUCGUGUCCUAGAGAGAAUAAAGAAGGACGGUGAACAUCACUGGUGGGAAGUUCUUUUUGGAUGGUCCCCCACGGCAACGGGGAUAUUUAACUCCAUACUGCACCCAGUUGUAUUUGUGUUAGGUUUAGUAUUAUUAUGCUCAGUUCUUAUAGUUAUAUUAUAUGUAAAGACGUGGCGCUUGCUGAGACGAGUGUCCCGACUUGAUUCAGUAUUAUCUAAGGAUGCACUACAUCGCCUCUUGUAAGAUUCAUUUUAAGGCCAGUAGGCUG